AUGGUGCAAAAAUAUCAAUCUCCUGUUAGAGUCUACAAGUACCCGUUUGAGCUUGUGAUGGCGGUUCAUCCGGAGAACGAAGAUUGGACGUGUUUUGAACAGUCUGCAUCCCUUGACAUCAAGUCGUUCUUUGGUUUUGAGAGCACGGUGGAGAAAAUGGCAAUGAAGCAGUACACAGCCAACAUCAAGCGGGGCAAAGAAGUCAUUGAGCACUAUCUAAAGGAGCUGAUAUCCCAAGGGAUCACUUUUAUCCCUCGUUGGACUCCUCCGGAGGCCAAGGGGAAUCUCAUGAAGAAGAGUCAUUCCGGGAGUAAUAACGGUACAAUAUCGCAGGAACCCCACCAGCACGGAAGCGAGAAAGAACAGCGAGGCAACGCCUGCCCUUCGGGGGAGGCCUCAACUCCUGAAGGGGACAAACUGGAUGCUGAUUAUAUAGAACGUUACCUGGGACAAUUAAGUCCCUUGCAGGAAAGCUGCUUGAUCAGACUUCGCCAGUGGCUGCAAGAAAUGCAGAAAGGAAAGGUUCCCAAAGAUGAGUACAUCCUCCGUUUCCUGAGGGCUCGGGACUUCAAUAUUGACAAGGCUCGGGAAAUGCUCUGCCAGUCCUUGGCCUGGCGAAAACAAUACCAGGUGGAUUACAUUCUGCAAACGUGGAGGCCACCUUCUCUUUUGGAGGAAUUCUAUGCUGGGGGCUGGCAUUACCAAGACAAAGAUGGAAGACCCCUCUACAUCCUUCGCCUUGGGCAAAUGGACACUAAAGGUCUUGUGAAGGCUCUGGGAGAGGAAUCUCUUCUUCGCCAUGUCUUGUCAAUUAAUGAGGAGGGACAAAGGAGAUGUGAAGAAAAUACCAACCUCUUGGGCCGCCCCAUCUCAUCCUGGACCUGUUUAGUUGACCUGGAAGGGCUGAAUAUGCGUCACCUCUGGCGUCCUGGUGUAAAAACUCUCCUUAGGAUUAUUGAAGUUGUUGAGGACAACUAUCCAGAGACCUUGGGGAGACUGCUGAUUGUGCGGGCACCACGGGUGUUCCCUGUUCUCUGGACAUUGGUGAGCCCCUUUAUCAAUGAGAACACCAGGCAGAAGUUCCUCAUUUAUAGCGGGAACAAUUACCAAGGCUCUGGAGGACUUGUAGAUUAUCUGGAAAAAGACGUAAUUCCAGACUUCCUUGGAGGAGAAUGUGUGUGUAACGUGCCUGAAGGUGGGCUUGUCCCCAAAUCGCUGUAUCAAACAGAUGAAGAGUCUGAAACGGCGGAUCACAUUCGUCUCUGGACGGAAACCAUCUAUCACUCUGCAAAUAUUUUCAAAGGGGCUCCCCAGGAGAUAGUUGUAGAGAUCCUGGAAGGUGAAUCUGUGAUCACUUGGGAUUUUGACAUCCUCAAAGGAGAUGUGGUGUUCAGCCUCUUCCAUUCCAAACGAGCCCCCGAGACUGUCCGCAAGGAAUCUGCCAUGCCGACUGCUUUGACAUCUGGGGAAAACGUUCAACUCAUUGGCAAGAGUUGGGUCCUGGGAGUGGACUACAGCCGCGUGGAGACUCCUUUGGUCUGCCGUGAAGGCGAGAGCAUCCAGAAAGGCACACCCAGACUCAGGGGCUCCAUGACGAGCCUGGAGUCGUGCACGAGUGGAUUUUCGCAAUUCAGUGGAGCCACCACCUCCUCCGCCCAAUCGCAAAGCAGCUCUUUGGUUUCCAGGUAG